AUGGAAUCAGACCUGAAGAGAGAGAGAAAUCCGCCUGCCAACCCCAUCGAUACUUCCGCUCGACUACCCCAACUCACCUCCGCUUCCACCGCCAAAGGCAAGUCGAGAACCCGUGACAAAGAAGCCAAUGCAACCGCAAAGAGAAGAUGUGUGAGCACGGCCUGUAUCGCCUGUCGAAAACGCAAAUCCAAAUGUGACGGACAACUACCCAAAUGCGCCGCCUGCGCCUCAGUCUAUCUCACCGAAUGCGAGUAUGCCCCGCACACCGAUCAUCGGAGGAAAGGUGUAUAUAAGAAGGACAUCGACAGUCUCAAGACGAGAAACUCCACCCUUCAAACCCUGAUACAUGCCAUUCUCAACUUCGAUGAGGAGGACGUGCCCGAACUGGUGAGGCAGAUAAGGAGCUGUGAAAAUUUAGAGGACCUGGCCGAGUCCAUUGUCGCCAAAUCAAAUGGCGCACUCGAGCAGGACCUGUCACCGGACUCACCCGUGUAUGGCAUGGACGUGGUUCCGGAAGUACGCCAAUUCGAGACCGAGCUCUCCGGGAAGAUGGGUGACCUGCGCGUCGAGGGUUCGGUCAAAUUUAUAGGUGGAACCUCGAACUUGAUCUGGCUGCCGACUGAGCACGAAGUGGACGGAACCGCUUAUUCAGGUGCUCGGAACCAUCUUGCCACACCCAGUGAAGAAGCCAUCCUAUCUUGGACGUCGGUCACCAGGGACAAAGACCUGAUCUCGCAUCUGAUCAAUAUGUAUUUCUGCUGGCAUUAUGCCUACUUUACUACUCUGUCCAAACGGCUCUUCUUGCGCGAUUUUUCUUCAGGCUGCUCGACGCAAUACUGCUCCGCUCUGCUCGUCAACGUCAUGUUGAGCUUAGGAUGUCAUUUUUCUACCAGGCCAGGAGCAUACGCAAAUCCUAAUGACUCAGCAACAGCGGGCGACCACUUCUUUAAGGAAGCCAAGCGGCUGAUGUACGAGAACGAUGAAUUUGCAAUCACCAAAAUCUGCACCGUUCAGGCGCUGGCUCUUAUGUCUGUUCGAGAAGCGGGCUGUGGUCGAGAGGGCAAAGGCUGGGUGUAUAGCGGCAUGAGCUUCCGCAUGGCCAUGGACCUUGGCUUGGAUGUAGAUGCGCCUGAUCUGAAUCACGACUCGAAGCUCGAUGACGAGGAAAAAGAUGCUCGACGGAUAACCUACUGGGGGUGCUUUCUGUUUGACAAGUGUUGGUCAAAUUACCUCGGACGACAACCGCAAUUGCUCGUCACCAGCAUUACCACACCCAAAUUUGAUGUAUUCCCCGAAGAAGAGUCCGAACCAUGGUCUCCAUAUACAGACUCCGGCUCUGUACAAGCCCACAAGCAGCCAGCAAGAACCCGAGCAGUUGCCCUGCAAAUUUCCAAGCUAUCCGAACUGUCCUCAGCUUUGCUGAUUUCCUUCUACCACCCAACUCAGCUGGACAAGCCAGCCAGUAAACAGACGGAGCUCAAGAAGCUGAGCGAGCUCCAUACCAGAUUAGAAGCGUGGAAAAGAGACCUGCCGCAUGAGAUGGAGCCCCGAGACGGCCAACUACCUCAGGUUCUCCUCAUGCACAUGUUUUUCCAACUGCUCUUUAUCCAUCUAUAUCGGCCAUUCCUGAAAUAUAAUCGCACUACAUCACCACUGCCAUCACAUGUGUCGCCUAGAAAAUACUGUACACAGGCUGCUGGAGCAAUAUCCAAGCUUCUUCGGCUGUAUAAGCGUACUUAUGGGUUGCGGCAGAUUUGCAACAUCGCUGUUUACAUCGCACAUUCAGCGUGCACAAUCCACCUGCUGAACCUUCCGGACAAAAAUGCCAAACGAGAUAUCAUCCACGGAGUCAAGCAUCUUGAAGAGAUUGGUGAAAUGUGGACAUGUGCUCGUCGGACGCUUCGCAUCCUGCGUAUAAUGGCCGAGAAAUGGAAGACUGAACUACCUGAAGAGGCAGCUGCCACAUUCUCUCGUACGGGAACAAGAUGGGGUAGUGCUGAGCCCGCACAGUCCCCGACACUUUCUGAUCAAUCUCCCGGCCCAUCAGUUCAUCCCGUACCUGGUGCCAUGGUGCGUCAGUCUUCCUUUGACCAGCAAGCGCCCAUGCCUCCACAGGCUACUCCGACGAUUCCUUAUCUGCAGAACGGUUUCUUUGUGGCUCCGCCGCCCGGCGAUCAAGACACCCGUCAACGCCGCCGCUCGUCUGGACACCACUCCCUUCCUCCUCGAUCUGCGGCGGAAUUAGGGCGUGCAAGCAAUCGGGUCCGUCCUUCUAUCGGUUUAACCAAGGCUCAACAAGACGCAUGGAAUGCGCACCAAGCAGCUCGUCUACAAGCCAACAACAAUGCAAGCACCAGCACCAGCGUGUCCGGUACGCGAUCCACCGACCCUACAGUACUCUUUGGUGGCGUUGCAAGCCUGGUAGAGGAGAGUCAAGAAUGGUGGCUCAAAGAUCAAGCCUCACUGGCGAUGGGGUUUAACAACUGGAACGACCCUGUCAGUGGGCGCAGUGCACCGCAGCAGCCGUGGUCGAUGCUUGGAUAUGAUGUGCCGACCACAAUGGAUGAUAACGAUGGCAGUAUAUAUGGGUAUGGGAUCAACGACUUCUCGUGA